GUGGUUCUUGAUACAAGUGGCCAUCUGCUCAGCAGAGGAGGUGGGUGCUGGGGCUCUGGGCCCUGGAGCCAAGCAGAGCCAACUGGAGACCUGUCUGGAGGAGGGCGGCCAGCCCUGCCGCCCAGGGGCUCACACCAGCUGCAGCGAGAGGCAGAGUCCUGCACGCCUGACCUUCCUCCACUGGACGUCUGCUGCACCAUGUCCAGGUGCUCCCUGGAGGAUGCUGUCUGGGCCUCCGCGUCAUGAGCAGCUCUCCAAGGGACACCCAGGGCCCAAGUCACCGGCAGGGCCUCCUGCCCUCUGUCACCCACGUCCCACCAGCCAAGAAGAUAACCUUCCUCAAGCGCGGGGAUGCGCGGUUCGCAGGAGUUCGCCUGGCCGUGCACCAGCGCAGCUUCAAGACCUUCAGUGCCCUGAUGGACGAGCUCUCCCAGCGCGUGCCUCUCUCCUUUGGGGUGCGCUCCGUCACCACACCCCGGGGCCUGCAUGGCCUCAGUGCCCUGGAGCAGCUACAAGAUGGGGGCUGCUACCUUUGCUCGGAUAGAAAGCCCCCCAAGACCCCCAGUGGGCCGGGCCAGCUGCGGGGGAGGAGCCCCUCUGCUCUGCAGUCCCGGGACUUGGACGGCGGGCGUGAGGUGUCAGGAACAUCCUCUUCCUGGAAAGGACCUAGAGCCCCAAGGAGGAUAACGCUGGUUAAGAACAGGGACCCCAGGUUCCAGGAGACGGUGGUUCUCAGCCACAGGAACACCAGGAGCCUGGCGGCCUUUCUCAGCAAAGCCUCGGAUCUCCUGCGCUUCCCCGUGAGGCAGAUAUACACCCCCAGUGGGAAGAAGGUGGACUCCCUGCAGGCCCUGCUGCGUGGCCCCUCCACGCUGGUGUGUGCUGGGAACGAGGCCUUCAGACCUCCAGCUCUGGAAAGCGCCCAGAAAAACAAGACUGAGACUUUAUCUGGGAUGACUUCAAGGAACAAACACAGUUGCUGGGGGCCCAAGGCCAAGCAGAGCGUGAUCCAUUUGAGGUCCACGGCCAGCAGCAGACCGCCACAGUUCUCCUUGUCUGGUCUCAGAGACCCCUCAGCAUCCUUGCAUGGUGCCCCCCACAGGCACCCUCAGGACACGUCUGGCCCGCUGCUGGCUGGUGACAACGUGGAGAAGAAGGUCUGCAUGAACGAGGACGGCAGCCUGUCUGUGGAGAUGAAGGUCCGCCUGCACCUCCUGGGCGAGGAGACGCUGCUGUGGUCCCACAGGGCGGGAAGGGCCGGCACCCUCACUGCAGCCAGCGGGGAGGGCCCCGUCCUGGGGGAGGGGAGCCCCCUCUGCUGCCGAUGGGGGGGCCACCCGUGGGGCUUCUCAGAGUCAGGGGCACAGAGACCGGGUCCCUGCGAGGCAGGACCUCAGGGAGCGUUUGAUGGAGGCCAGCAGCCACGGCCGAGCUUCGAGAUCUGGAGGAACCCCCUGUAUGUCCCCCAGGGUGAAGGGGCGGCUCCUUGGAGGAGGUCAGGGCUGGCCCAGCUCUCUCAGUGCAGGGGCCGCUGGAGUAGAGGGGCCAGGAACAGGGAAAGACGAAGCAGGGACAGCGGCAGCCCUUCCUCCAGUGCCGGACAUGGGGAAGGCUCCGAGCCAGACUCCUGCAGCCCCAGGACCCCCGAGGGUGGCGUGGGCAGUGACAGCCCGUGUCCAGCCUCCACAGCUGCUUCCCAGUGCGGAGAUGAGAGGGAGGCUGGUGAGGGCUCCUGCCCAGGGGAAGCAGAGCUGGGUGGCCAAGGACAGCAUGGCUGCCCAGGACCAGGGAUCCCAGGUGCAAAGGGAGCCCUUUCUGACUCCUUGGCCAGUACUGGGCCUCGUGAGGAGUCCAGCAAGUGGGAUGGCCAGCAUGAGGGCUGCCUGAGCCCAGUGAGGGUCAGGACUUCCCAGGAGAAGGGCUCCCAGGGCAGUCGCACUGAUGAUCCCACCAGGAGUCUCUCACCUCUGAGCGAUGGGGACUCGCAAGCAGAGCAGUGUGAACAGGGCACCACACACCAGCAGGCCACAGAGGGACCCGUGGCGGGGCCACCGCUGGCUCUAGGCCGUUCCCACUCUUGGGAUGCAGAGGGAGGCUGUCCCGGGCUUCUUGCUCACGCCCCUGCCCAGCUGGGGAGGAGGAAGCGGCAGAGCCCGUCUAGCGCAGUGUCCUCACCUGGUACUGCCGGCGUGGUCCAGAGAGGCCGUGCCAGGCGGUGUCACCACUGCAGGGACACCCACUGCCUGCCAGACUCCCCCACAGCCCUGCAGAUGCCCAGGACUGGCCCAGGUGGUCCAGGGCCACAGCUUUCUCAGAACUCACCCAGCACCAGAAAACAGGCCUCCAGGGACCUGGGACCCUCCGUCCCUGGCUCUCUGGAUUCCCAGGACCUACCAGAGGCCAGCAGUGCCAGCACCACACUCCUGAGUAACUCAGACUGUGCUGCCGAACUGGCGGGGGACACCGAGGGCAAGGUGUGCUCCCCUGAGCCCCUGCAAGGGGGUGGCAGUCUGGGGGACCAGGCAGAGGACACCCUAGAGCCCUCCUUGCCCUUGGCUCUGCCAGUUGGAUGUCCCGAGGGAGAAGAGCCAGGAGCCCACAAAAGCUGCUGCUGCCCACAGAUUGGGUCCUCCCCUGUCCAGGGGAAGACCAGUGAUCCCGCGCAGGCUGCCUGGGGGCCCUUCUCUGAAGCCUGCUGGGUGUGCAGGGGCUACUGCCCCACUCCUCCCAGGGGCCGGCCCUGCUCCAGGAAGCACCCGACAAGUAGCAGUAGCACCAGCAGUGACCACCAAAGGGCUGACGACGGGGGGCCAAGCAGGAGCAGGCUGGGGGAUGAAAAACUCCAGGUGGAGAGCGGGCUGUCCCCUGGCCCUGAGUCAGGGACCGUGGGGGCAACAGUCAUGGUGGCAGGCAGGAACAGCCCUGGUUCUGGGCCCAAGCGUGUAUUGCUGGGGACCAGCUCUGGCAACGGGGGUGGCCUGGAGGAGCCUCGGGAAGAUGGCACCAUGACGCCCCAUGAUCUGCCCCACUCCUCGCCGGACGCCAUGGUCCGCGAAUGGCUGGACAACAUCCCAGAAGAGCCUCUGCACGUGAAGCAUGAGAUGGUGGCCGAGGCCACCAGUGUGGUCAGCAACAUCCCAGAAGGCCCCCGGGAGGACCCUGAGGGGGAUCACUCUUUGAGCAGCACUGGGGAACAGGCUCAGGCUGGACGGCAGGCCCUGGAAGGGGGUACCCAUGAGCCAGACAGAACCCCUCCAGGAACCGGUGACGCGGGCUCCAAGCCAGGAGACCAUUCUCAUCAAGGUACAGCUCCGGGCCAGGCAUCCCAGGCUGCGUCGGAGGCUAGAGUGGGAGAAGGGGCUACUGUGGGCCCUGGCAUGAGCCCGUGUGUCCUUCCGGGCAGAGAUUCUGCCUCCAUGCAGAUCAUGAAGGCCCUGAUGGGCUCCAAGCACGGCCGACCCAGCAGCCUGCCAGAGGUGUCCAGCGCUGAGGCCAGGCGGCUCCGCCGCUUGGCGGGUGACCUCAUUGCCUGCCUCGCCCGGCUCCACUUCUUUGAUGAGGAUCUUGGGUCUCCUGCUGGCAAAGUGAGACCCACACACUCAGCGCGCUACCAGGAGCUGCUGAACAUCUCCCAGACCCUGUGGCCAGGGUGUGGCCUGGGGCGAGACAUGCUGGACUUGAGCCUUGGGGACCUCACUUCACUACAGGCCCCGCCGGUGACGGACAACUUCACGCCCACCUCCUCCUCGGGUGUGGACGUCAGCAGUGGCUCCGGAGGCUCCGGGGAGGGUAGCGUGCCCUGUGCCACGGAUGGUGCCCUGGUCUCCGAGAGGACGGAGCUGCCCCUGGAAAUCUCCCAGAGGCCUGAUUCCAGAACUUCGGGGCACCUCGAGGACCUGGGAACCCGGCAGCCAAGUGGUCUCCCAGCUGCUCCCAGCUCCCAGGUGUGCGCCUGUGCCGCCAGCGGGGAAGGAGGAGGCGGCCCCGGGGAGCAGAUGCUGGGCGAUGGCCUGGAGCCAUCAGGAAAAGGCCCCGAAGGGUUUGUUGGAAACACACUGCAGGAAGCGGAGGCGCAAUCAGAAGAAACAGAAGAGACAGAAAGCCCCCCAGAAGAGGGCCUCGAGGAGGUGGGGCUCCUAGGAGAAGCCGGAGUCAGCGGGGAGGAGUCGCCAGGUGGGGAGGGCACGCUGGGAGACCCGGGGGUGCCGGGAGAGGAAGCAGGAGGGGACUCUGCUUCUGCAGGGCUGUGUCCCCCAGGAAGCGCAGAGGAACCCGCAGAAUGCCCUCGCAGUGAGAGGGACUCCCAUGCCAGUGAGAGUCAGACUGGCCCCACAUCAAAGUCCAGCUUGGAAGAGCUGUCCAGAGCAGAUGCGCUGGGCUGUGAGCCAGCCCCGGCCAGGUUCACCCCAGGGACUGGGGAGUCCAGUGCAUCUGCGGCCCACAGAGUGUUUCUGGAGCCUGACCCCGCCUGGGUGUCCAAGUUGCUGAGAAAGAUAGAGAAGGCCUUCAUGAAGCACUUGGCUACGGCCACUGCCGAGCUCCGCGCCCGCUGGGACCUGCAGGACGACCCCCUGCUGGACCAGAUGGUGGCCGAGCUGGAGCAGGACAUGGGCCUCCGGCUCCAAGAAAGCACUAACAGAGAGCUCCAGAAGAUCGAGAGCCGGACUGGGAGGAUGGCCCUGGGGCCGCCCAGGGAGGUCAUCAGGGGACAAGCGUCCCUGCAAACGGAGCAGCGCAGGCGUCGCCUCCAGGGUCUGCACAACCUCUUGGCCUUUUCUGAGCAGACCUAUGCCCGGGCCCUCCACUCCCUCACCCUGGAGGACCGGCCCACCCUCCACGAAGCCCUAGGGGACCUGCCAUGUGGGGAGACUGAGGAAGACGAGUUCUGUCCCUGUGAGGCCUGCAUUAGGAAGAAAGUGGCCCCUGUGCCUCCAAAGGACACCCCAGGGGCCUCCAGUGCACCUAUCAAAAAGGCCUUUGACCUACAGCAAAUUCUGCAGAAUCUGCAGAAGAAGAAAGAAGGGGGUACUGAUGGAGAGGCGGAGGAGAGGGUCCCCGAGGGGACAGGGACAGAGCUGCCUCGGGACAUCCCCGCAAGAGCUGGGUCUGUCCAGGACCUGGGACCCACGGUGGGCCAGGAGCGUGAGGGUGAGGGGAGCCAGAGGCCCAGCAGAGACGAAGAUGCUCAGCUAGAGGAGGCCGAGGAGGCUGGUUACCAGGAGACUGCGGGGGACGCAGAGGCUGGGAGAGCCCACGGCCACCAUGGCAGCACUGCGGAGGAGGCCCAGCAGCUGGAGCGGGCUGAGACUGAGAAGGAAGGAGCCCUGGGUGAGCACUCUGGGGAGGGGGACGCCUCGGAGGCUGCAGGAGGACCUGGUGACCUUGUCGAUGCCAUAGAGGCCCAGGAGGCUGGAGGAGGCAGGCGGCUGGAGUCCACGGGAGGAAGUCAAGGUGAGGAAGAAGAUGGUCCUCUAGCUAGCCCAGGACAGGGACAGAGAAGGGAGGCUUCUGAAAAUAGCGUCACAGACCAAGAGGUGACCCCACCGUCACCUGCCCCGAGUGAGGACACCCCUCACCCGGAGCCAGACCCCCAAACCCAUGACCGCUCCUCCAGAACCUUCACCCUGGGCAACUGCUCCCUGGUCUCCCAGAAAGGCUCAGAGGAAGUUCAGGCCGGCGGAGAGCCGGGGGACACCGGGGCCGAGUCAGAGCCACCUGCACAGGAAAAAGUCACCUCCAUGUAUCCGGAGAGUUCCACGUCUGAGCGUGAGGAGCCCCCUUCAGACCCAGAGACUCUGGAGCAGGGGUCAGGCAGAGACGCUGGCGAAGGCAAUGAGAAGGCCCCCCAAAGCUCCCCGCGUGCCCCGUCGGGCGCGGGGCCAGGGGCAGAUGGCUUCCACCAAGAAGACCUGGACUUCUAGGCAUGAAGCGGCAAGACGGCCUGAGAGCGGGAGCUGCUUUAUUCAUAUUUUAUCCUUAACCCUGAGCACGGCUCAGGCCUCAGGGGACUAAAAGGAUCAUGGGCAAAGAUGGCGACUCAACAGGGACGCAGCCCGGCCACACUGUCCCUGAGGUCUUCACUGAGGCUUCAGAGAGGAGCCUGGCCACACAGGGCGCCAGGAAGGCUCCCCUGCUGCCCCUCUAUCAUGGGAGGCCAGACGCGGCCGGGUGGUCUGCAGGGCCCAGAGGACGGCGCGGGCUGGAAAUGUGCCAGGGUUUCGGUUGGCUUUCUGCUAGCCAGGGCUGCUGGGUCCCUCUCCCCACGGAUCCCCCGUUAAUCUUCUCCUUGGUCUCUCCUGGCACUCACCUUGUUUGACUUUGAGGGCUUUUUUUUUUUUUUUUCCAUAGCCUUGAAUGUAUUUGAUGACUGCAGAUGUAAAUAUUUGGGGAAAGCAGAUAAAUUUAGGGCAUUGGAUAAAGUUUGUUCUUAGCCCCAAAGUCCAAGUGUUUUUUCUUAAUUCAUAUAUUUUGUAAAAAAAGAAACAAAACAAAACAGGAAGAAGUUCUUACUCCUGACCCCAUCAACCAGAGGCAGCUUCUGUCAGUGGCUGGAUAUAUCCCUUCCCAUGUUUCCCAAGCAUGUGUAGCUGAGAUUGUUCUUCGUAUAACAUUUAUAUGCUGCUUUAAAAAAAAGGUAAGGUAAGAAUUUCCCUAUUUGUCUCAAACAUUGCAUAAACCUACUUUUACACCUGAAAAAUGGUGCGUUGUGAGAACAUGAAGUACCUCACCUUUACCUACUGAUGUCCAAUUUGGCUUCCAUUAUUAUUUUCUUACAAUAUUUUUUUUUCUGAGCUUCUGAGGCUUUCUUUAGGAUAAUCCCAAGCAUAAAAUUACUGGGCCAAGUGAUACCAAUAUUUCUAGGCUCUUGGAAUACUUGAACCCAAUUAUUUUUCCAACAGUGGGUAUAUCACUGGCCUGGCGUGUGGUCAUCAGGGUUGGCAGUGCCAUUACAAAUAAGAAGAAGACAUUUGCUAUUUUUAUAGGCAAAGGCAAUACUUCAUUUUAAUGGGGUACUAUUUUAGAUAUAUUUGAUUACUAAUAAAAUAAAAAGCUUUAGGUUUAAAAAUGUUUGCAUAUAGAUUCUAUGUGUAUGCCUUUUACCUAUUUUUCUAUUGAUGUUCUAGCCCCACCCCCUUUUAAAUUUAAUCACAUGGACCCAUCAUCAUUUUUUAAAAAUUUACUUAUUAUUUUUGGGAUUUAAAAAAAAUGCCCUGUGUCCUCUUCUUCCAUAGCAGGCCUUGGGCUGGGUCCUCUCUACUUAGGGAGCUCAGUUGGGGCUCAAUUUCUUUGACUAGUUCUCUACUGCUUCCAUGUUCAUAAGGACCAUUUUUUUGGUAUCCAGAUUCACAAAAAAGGACAUCUACAACAUAGGAACAGGGUUCAGUCACUGAUUUUUUAAACGUAUCCACCAAAAGCAAAGAUCUAUGUGUGCUGUCUGUAGUCACCUACUCUGCAGACGGAGGAGAUGUCUCAAUAAAAUGUAGCAUGUUUUAAAAUUUCUAUGCAGGUGAUUCCUUAAGGUUUUUGCAGUAAAUAAAGACAUAGCAUGUGUCUACACACA